AUGUUUCCCCAAUUCGGAGCGACGGUAGAAUCUCUGAGCAAAGCAUCAACAAUGAUAUUCCGGAUUGGUACCGAUGUUCACCUAUACGACGAUCCCGAAGACAUCAACAUCGCCCCUCUCAUCGACUACAAGUUUCAAAUGACUUUGGCUGAUCUUUUAGAUGAGAGUAAAAUGGUUCUUGUUUCGUAUGGGGAUUUAGAAGUUGAAAUUAAUGGAAUUCAACACGAUUCUAGGCUUGUAAUUUCUGGUAAUUUGUUUGUGUGUUGUGUUGGAAGUAAAAAUGACGGACACAUGUUCUUGAGAGAGGCUGAUAAAAGAGGAUAUGAUGUUGUUAAGUUAACACUCAUAACCGUUACUUCUCUACCUUACUUAAAUUGA